AAUUUGUCUUUUCGAAAAGUUGCCCUAGCAAAUAAAAACCCCAGUCGGCCUAUCCUCGCCGUCUUCAUCACUCGAGUCCUCCUCUCGCGGUCUUCUUCCAAAUCGUCGAGAUCUCUUCUGCAUAAUUUACAGUAAAUGGGUGGAAGGAGCUACUCUCCUUCACCUCCCAGGGGUGGCCAUGGGAGAAGGGGAAGGAGCCCCAGUCCAAGGGGUCGCUAUGGCGGCGGUGGUGGUGGAGGCGGUGGUGGUGGCCGGGGAAGAGAUAGAGAUCUUCCAACCAGUCUUUUAGUUCGCAAUCUUCGCCAUGAUUGCAGGCCUGAAGAUCUCAGAAGGCCAUUUGGACAAUUUGGUCCCUUAAAAGACAUCUAUUUGCCAAGGGACUAUUAUAGCGGGGAGCCAAGAGGGUUUGGAUUUGUUCAAUUUCUUGAUCCUGCUGAUGCUGCUGAAGCUAAAUAUCAGAUGGAUGGUCAAAUUCUUAUGGGCAGACAGUUGACUGUUGUCUUUGCUGAAGAGAACCGAAAGAAGCCUACUGACAUGAGGCAAAGAGAAAGGAGAGGCGGAUCCGGAAGGCCUAGCGAUCGUAGGCGGUCACCCCCACCGCGCUACUCCCGCUCACCACCGCCACGCUACGCUCGUUCGCGGUCCCACAGUCGCGAAUACUCCCCUCCUCCAAAGCGAAAGCAACAUGUUAGGUCAAUUUCACCUCGCGAGAAACGACACAGUCGAGAAAAGUCAUACUCACAAUCUCCGGUGAGACCGCGGUCACCGCCUUACGAUGGGCCGCCAAGGAGCCGGAGCAGAAGUCCGCCCGUUGACCGGUCACCGCCGCCCUACAACGGGUCAAGGAGCCCGAGCCGUAGCCCUGUAAGGGACCGGCGCGGUGCACCCAGAGACGCGAGCCGGAGCCGUAGCCCAGUGGCUCGGGGUGGUGGAUACUCGAGGGGUGAAGCCGAUGUGGAUGUUUCUCCUAGCCCGUGAGAGGUGAGUAGUUUUGUGAAACAUGAUUGUUGGUUGGUAGACAAUGGUAAUGUACUUUAUGAUGAGAUGUUAUUGUUCUUAAUUGUUCUUCUACUACUACUACUACUUUAUGAAUGUUUGUUUUCGAAUUGUGUUGGUUAGAC